AUGCGCAACCCGCUCAUCACAUCACUUGCUGUCGCUUCGGCGACACUCGCCUCGGCUGGACGUCUCGAAUGCCUCUACACCCGCAGCCAGGAGCUUUCCAAAGCUGCAUCAUGCGGCUACCAGGAUUCCCUUAAUAACUGUUUCUCACACAUUCCGCUCACCACCAUCCCCGAGGCCUUAAUAUCCGAGGUCGAGAAGUGCUUCGUCAACGCAGGCUGCACCGACGCCGAGGCCGAGAUCGAGGCCUUCUGGGUCCUCCAACAAUGCGACAAGCCCACGCCCGACCUCCGCCGCAACCUGCGCGGCGGCAGUGACCCGGCCAAGCCCGUCAUCGCCCGAGAACCCCUCGGCGCCAUGGCCGCCCGCGCCGCCAUGCCCGUCGUCACCGCCGCCAUGCACGAGCCGCGCCAGGCCAACGAUGCGACCCCCGUGACGACGACCAACGAACGCGCCUCCUCACCCUCGCCCUGCUUCACCGACAAGCCGACCAGCGUCAAAAUCUGUCCAAGCCAACCGCCCGGCUCCAAGCUCACGUGUCACUACCAGGAAACCACGGUACCUGUUUGCCGCGAGGAGUUGAUUUGCCGCUCUGACAACCAGGGCAACCCGUCCUGUAUGUGGAAGCAGACCGAUUUCGGCACCGACGGCACCAUCAUCGCCAUCAUCUUCGCCUCGGCGGUCGCCAUCAGCAUCGUGUCUGUGUGCUUCAUGUGCUGCAAGGAGCGCCGCGAGCAGACACGGCUGCGCAAAGAGGCUGAGGCAGCCAAGAUCGCGAAGGAAGCCAAGAUCGAGCAGACUGUCGCCGCGAAGCGUCCCGGCGUCAGUGUUACUGGUGGUGUGGGAGCCAGCGCUGCGGCCGAGGCCAGCCAGCCGCUUAUGUAUCAGGGCGGUGCGCAGCCGGGCAAUCCGUUUGGCGAUGGGCAGGAUCACCCUGCGUUACGGUAA